GUCCAGGACACAUAGUGGAUGUUUGUAGGAAAAUACUAAAGUGAUUGGGAAGACUUUAAACGCACGAGAACAAGAUAUGGAGUUUUGACUUCACGUCAAAGAUAACCCAUUUUUGUCAAUCACAUAUUUUGUACCAGCGCAUCGUUACUCAGGAGAGAAAAAAAAAUUAACUUCGGCUACCAAAUUCUCCAAAUCUCGCCACACCACCGGGAUGUUUCGAUGGGACCAGUAACUCCAAAAGGUCCUUUAAGGGGCUCUAAGAUGCCAGUUGUGACCCUCCCAGGUUGAGCAGUCUUGCCUCCCUCUGCUUUGUCCAGUGCUGUGGCGCCCUCUGCUGUGGCAGGAUGGGGAACAUACUGGAGGAAGGGAUGAAUACUGUCAUCGUCAGCCACUACAACCACUCUGGGAAGUGGGACCGGCCUCGCAGCGGCAGUGUCUGCAAGAUGGCUGUGCUGCUCUUCAUCUGCGUGCUGAUUGUUCUGGAGAACAUUAUGGUCUUGCUCGCACUCUGGAGGAACAAGCGCUUCCACAGCCGAAUGUACUUUCUCAUUGGAAACCUGGCGCUGUCAGACCUGCUGGCUGGUGUGGCCUACGUAGUUAACAUCUAUACCUCAGGGCGCAACACCUUCUUCUUGACACCAGUGCAGUGGCUUGCCAGAGAAGGGAGCAUGUUUGUGGCCCUCAGUGCAUCCACUUUCAGCCUUCUGGCCAUUGGGAUUGAGAGGCACAUGACUAUGGUGCGUUUGCGUCCAUGUGAGACAGCAGGUCGGGGGAGACUUCUGGGAUUGCUGGCAGCCUGCUGGCUUGUGUCAGUGCUGCUCAGUGCCUUGCCCAGCAUGGGCUGGAACUGCCAGAACAAUCUAGCCUCCUGCUCCACAGUGCUGCCGCUCUAUGCUAAGAGCUAUGUGGCCUUCUGCAUCAGUGUGUUCAGCGCCCUGUUGGUAGCCAUCAUUAUCCUCUACAUCAGGAUAUACCGCCUGGUGACCUCUAGCGGCCGCAGGGUGAGCAGCCGGCCUUCAGAGCGCUCACUGGCCCUGCUGAGGACAGUGGUUAUUGUUCUUGGGGUGUUUGUCAUGUGCUGGACCCCCCUCUUCCUCCUGCUGCUGCUGGAUGUUGGUUGUAGCCCAGAUAAGUGCCCUGUGCUCUACCAGGUGGACUGGUUCAUCGCCCUGGCUGUGCUCAACUCUGCCCUCAACCCUCUGAUAUACACUCUGUCCAGCAGGGAGAUGAGGGCGGCUUUCUUCCGGCUGCUGUGUUGCUGUCAGACCAGCAUGGAAUCCACCGGUAUUCCUGUAGUGGGAAACCCCCACCUGGGCACAGUCAUCCCCACAGUGGAGAACAGCAAGACCAGUCUGGGUGGAGGAGGGGGCAGUGGGGUUGGCAAAUCCACGCUGAGUAGAGGGAAGGUUCCCCCACCUAUGAUCUCUGACAAUAAGCAUGGAAAUCCCUCAGCCACUGCUGUGCCUCAUACCUCUGGACCUGCAGACCUGCUCUCAGCUGUGCUUGUGAAGGCGGGGGCACUGCCCACCCUCAGCAAGUUCUGAGCAGAAGCACCUUAAUGACGCCUUACAGUCACACAGAAGUAGACAGUGACGGUCCUGCUAUCAGCCACUUUUUGUUUAUGCACUAUGGCCAGUGUAGCACGGAUAGGAUGAAGGAAUGACAUUCACUUGGAACCAAUAAAUGCAGAUUGCAAAUUAGAGUACUAUCAAAAUCACUUAAAGCCACUAUUUACAACAACUAAACAAUAUUAUUUACAACACCAGAGUAACAGUAUGUUGUGUUUGUCUUAAUUAAUACUAAUUUUUCACGAUUAUGAAAUACAAUUAGACAGUUUUGUGGACAUAAACCAAGCCCCAAAUUAAAUCUAUUGGUUUAAUUCAUGUCUGUGAUGGCAGUCGUGGUAAUUAUUCAAGCAACAAGAGUAUAAUUGUCUAUCAAUGUGUUUAUUUUAUUUUUUAUUUUAUCAUUAGAAGCAGAAAAGAUCAAAUUGCAUGUGCUAUAUGCAAGUACUCUUAAAACACCUGCAUUUCCCAUCACAGCUUGACCUGGUAAACUAUUUAUUUUCUGUGAAAACAUUUGCCAUCUUAAUACUAUUAGUAUAAUUUUUUGGUAUAGUUGGUGCGCAGAAAAAACAUCAUGGUACUGGGACGUUAUUAUUGAUUUUGUUAUAAUCUGAGUAUGCACUGUCAGAGAAAGCAAGACCAAAAGGUCAGACUAGCGGCCUCAUGAGGCUGUGAUGCUCACUACACAGCAGAAAACAAAAUUGUUGGAUGAAUUUAAAAAAAAAUGGAGAGACAACAUUGCUAUGAUUAGAUAAUUACCACCACUAGUCAGGAAAGAAGGAAAGAAUUGUCCUGACAGUGGUGCUACACCAGAGUUAUGUUUUGACUUAAAUCAGUAUCUCUACAGUGGCCAUUUCAAGACAUUUCAGGUUCCCCUCCACAACACCACACCUGACUCACCUUUCAUUGGUCUCAGCUCUACGAUAUCAGCAUCAGCUGCACUGUGAGCUAAAUUAGCAUGGCUAAUAACUGCACAUCAGCACAUCUAGAAACCACUCACAUCAACUAACCACUAGAGAAUAGGAGUGUUGGAUGUGAAUUAUUUAAUGGUGGUAGACUGUAAAUGACAUUUCUGCCUAGGGUGGUGUAGUGCCUGAUACCAUUAUAUAGCAAAUAAAAUAAAAUCCUAUUGCCUUUUA